CACAAUCUCCACCUCUACUCCAAUCACAACUGGUGGAGAUAUGACCCUUUUGCACUAUUAUACAAAUCUCAUCCCCUCCACAAGCCAACCUCUACUUUUAUCAUAAUUCUCAUAAUCCAAACUCACAACCACACCCUUCCUCCUCUUCCAUAAUUAACAAUGGCAGCCUCUUCCUCCACCUUGUUCUCUUCCCCAGCCAUCUCUUCCACCAUCUCAAGGAGCCAUACUCACCAACUCUCACCAACCCAAAUCUCCUUCCAAGGCCUCAGACCCCUCACCAAGGCUGCCCCAAGCACCAAGCUGAGCUUCAGUGCACCAAACACCAAGAGAUCAAGUGGUGUUGUGAGAGCAGAGCUGAACCCAUCUUUGGUCAUAAGCCUGAGCACAGGGCUGUCACUUUUCUUGGGGAGGUUUGUGUUCUUCAACUUCCAGAGAGAGAAUGUGGCCAAGCAAGGCUUGCCUGAGCAGAAUGGAGUUACCCAUUUUGAGGCAGGAGACACCAGAGCCAAGGAGUAUGUGAGCCUCCUCAAAUCUAAUGACCCUGUUGGCUUCAACAUUGUGGAUGUUCUGGCUUGGGGCUCCAUUGGUCACAUAGUGGCUUACUACAUCUUGGCCACUUCUAGCAAUGGCUAUGAUCCCAAGUUCUUUGAAUGAUUUCAUUCCAUUUAAAUCCACCAUGUUGUGUUUCUCUCUUGUGUUGUAAUUUGUAUAGCUUAUUCAUGAAUCACUAGUUGGGGAGGUUCUUUUGUUGAUUUUCAUUUUUAACUUCUUGAGUUUACAUGUAUGUGUUUUGUUGUUGGAAUUUGGAAAGCUCUGUUGUGUUCUUUUUUGACUGA